UGUUUCGUAAACUAUUUUUUUAUUGUUAUUAUUAUUAUUGGUGUCCAUUGAGUGCUAAUCUACCGGCAAAACUAUGAUGAAGACAUUGGACCAGCGUUUCAUUGACCGGUUCGACACAUUUGAGGUGAUCGGCAGCGGUAAGUUUGCAACAGUCCGUCGGUGUGUGGAAAGGGAGACAAACAAUGAAUUUGCGGCUAAAUUCAUACGCAAACGGAGUUCAACCGGAAGAAUGGGUCAGACGGUGGACGAUAUUAACCGAGAGAUUGAUUUAUUGCGACAAAUAAACCACAAAAAUAUCAUCAAACUGUACGAUGUGUUUGAUUGUGGCAAUGAAGUGAUCAUUGUCUUAGAGUUAGUCAAAGGCGGAGAACUGUUUGACUUAAUCAGUGAAAAGGGUGUCUUAGCUGAAGACGAGGCCAUCCAUUAUAUCCGACAGAUAUUGAUGGCUAUCAAGCAUUUGCACGACAAGAGUAUUGUUCACUUGGAUCUGAAACCGGAGAAUAUUCUGCUGAGAGAUAAAACUACUAAACAAAUCAAAUUAAUUGAUUUCGGAAUUUCCCGAAAAAUUAUAAAUGAUUGCGAAGUUAAAGGAUUGUACGGAACGCCAGAGUUUGUCGCACCAGAAAUAAUUAAUUAUGAAUCGGUAAACACUGGGACAGACAUGUGGGCAAUCGGGUGUAUCUCAUAUAUAUUGUUGAGCGGCGCCUCACCAUUUCUGGGCGACACCAAACAGGAGACAUUUGUCAACAUUACGGCCGUCGACUAUCAAUUUGAUGACCAAUACUUUGCCGAUAUUAGCCAAUUAGCCAAAGAUUUUAUAUCGGGAUUAUUAAUCAAAAAUUCAAAAAAAAGACUAUCAGUUGAUGAUUGUCUAAAUCAUAAAUGGAUCCAAUUAUCAUCAAUGGGUUACCAACAAAAUCAUAGUAUUGACAUUGAUAUUGAUAAAUUUAUUACAUGUAAUAAUAAUAUUAACAAUCAUCAUAAUCAUUGCCAUAAUGUUACAAAUAAUGAAUUUAUUAAUACAAUUGCUAGAAAUCAUUGGAAGAGAGCCAUCGGUUCUGUUAUCAUAUGUUAUCGAUUAGUAAAAAAAUUCAAAGAAAAUCUAAGUCAACAUAAACUCAGUUCAACUACUAUUGAAUCGCCUGAACAUCGAUACAGCGAUAUAUUUGAGACAUUCUUUGUCUGGUAUUAUUAA